AUGAAGAAAGAGGCUGUUUUCGACUUUCAUGGGAAGCACCUGGUCUACCCCAGGAGCUCGCUGUACCUCUUCAGCGAGAAGAGCCGAGUGCGAGUGGCGUGUGUCAAGCUUGUCGCGCACCCCUGGUUCGACCGCUUCAUCCUGCUCGUGAUUGCCUUGAACUCCAUCGUACUUGCCCUGACGGACUGGACUCGAAUCGACGAGGAUCCUAGCUCGGAGGAUGUCGGCGAGCCGAUUGCGGAAGGGUCGUGGAGAAACACGCUGCUGUACGAGACCGAGGGCAUCUUCACAGCAAUUUUUACCCUGGAGUUCGUGCUGAAGGUAGUUUCUCAGGGCUUUAUUUUCGGCCACGGAGCGUACCUGAGAGACGCUUGGAAUGUGCUCGACUUCGUGGUGGUGGUCACUGCGCUCCUGACGAGCAUUCCAGGAAUGCCGACGGCGACGGCGAUUCGCGUUUUCCGGGUGCUGAGGCCGCUCCGGAGCCUUUCCACCCUUCCCGGCCUGCAGCAUCUGGUGGUCAGCAUGCUCAAGUCAGUUCCACAGCUGGUGAGCGUCCUCAUUCUCCUGCAGUUCAUCUUCGUCGUGUUUGGCAUCCUCGGCAUCCAGCUCUUCGCUGGCAAGCAGCACUCUCGGUGUCGCCUCACACCGUACCCGGUCACCACGGCCUUCGAGAGAUAG